AUGCUUAUUGGAGAUGGGAUCAAUAAAACCAUCAUCUCUGGCAACCAUAGUUUUAUUGAUGGUUGGACUACUUAUAAUUCUUCGACCUUUGCGGUGGUCGGAGACCGAUUUGUUGCAGUUGAUGUGACAAUCCGAAGCACAGCUGGACCGGAGAAGCAUCAGGCCGUGGCCGUGAGAAACAAUGCGGACGGAUCGACAUUCUAUCGGUGUAGUUUUGAAGGCUAUCAAGACACUCUAUGUCCAUUCUUUGAGACAAUUUUAUCGUGA